UUCUUCUCUUUCUUGUUCUUCAUUCACUUUCUCACUUGUUAAAACCCCAAAAAGAGAUUCAAAAGAUUUUCUUUUUCUUUCCCAAAUUUCAUAGAAAAAAACCCUAAAUUUCUAAAUUUCCUCUCUCUGCCGCCGCUCCUGUUUGGAUCCUCCGGCCACCCAUUCGCCGACACAAUGGGGAAAAAAUGUGUGGCAUCUAAACCGAGAAGGAAGGUUACUAUGGCAAAUUUCUCUGUUCCACCUAGAAUUGAGGUUUUUACAUCUUUUAAUCUGAAGAAGGUAUGGGAAUCUGAUCAUUCCAAGGACUGCUUGGAUGAAUCAAAAGAAGACUCACUACAAAAAGACACUAUGUUUGGUUUAUCAGGCAAUGAUUUGCUGAAAGAAGCUUUGAGAGUUAGACCCUGGAUACUCUUUGAUGAAACAAAUGACAAGUCAAAGGAAUCAGACAUUGAUAAGCUUGAUGAGGAUUUCUCAUCACAAACUUGCCUCCCUAAAGGUGUUAUUCGCGGGUGUCCAGAGUGUAGUAAUUGUGUCAAGGUAAAAGCAAGGUGGCACCCUGAUGCAGAAACUGAAAACGACAUUUUUGAAGAGGCCGCUGUAUUUCACCCAACUGAGAAGGAAUUCGAGGACACCUUUGAGUACAUUGAAAAGAUACGUCAAGAUGCAGAGCCAUACGGGAUUUGUCGUAUUGUUCCUCCUCCAUCGUGGAAACCUCCAUGUUUAUUUAAGGAAAAUAACGAGUGGGAAAAUAAUAAAUUUCUUACUCGUGUUCAACGGAUUGAUGGGCUUCCAGCUCCAUACUCAAAAUUAGAGAGAAAAACAGAAGAUUUUGCUCAUGAUAUGAAGAUUAAGAGGAGAAGAAUAUCAAGAAAUGAAGCUGGGGAUUCGGAUAAUGAACACUUAGAAUCUGUAGCUGGUCCAGAACUUACUGUUAAAGAAUUUAUUAGAUAUGCAGAUGAUUUUAAAGGUCAAUAUUUCUGCAAGAGUGAAGAUACAGAUUCAAAUGAUUGUUCUAAUGUGUCUAAAGCACAAUGGGAGCCCUCAUUGGAGAAUAUUGAAAGUGAAUAUAAACGCAUUGUUGAAGAUCCAACCGAAGAAAUUGAGGUACUUUGUUCCGACAAUUCUGCGAUUAGGGUCUUCGGCAGUGGAUUUCCAGGAGUAUCCAAUCCUUCAGAAACAUCUAGUAUUCCUGAAAUUGCAGAUUCAGGAUGGAACUUAAACAAUGUAGCGAGAUUACCUCGGUCACUUCUUUCUUUCGAAAACACUAAUACUUCCAACAUUUCAAUUCCUCGUGUUCGGAUAGGAAUGUGCUUUUCAACUCUUAAUUGGAGAGUUGAAGAGCACUACUUGUACUCCUUGAAUUAUAUGCACACCGGUGCCUCAAGAGUAUGGUAUGGCAUCCCUGGAAAAUACAGCUGUAAGUUUCAGGAAGCUUUAGCAAAUUUCUUUGAUGACAUAUCCGAGCACGAGUUGUGUGAUAGACUGGUCAAGCAACUAUCUCCCUUUGCAUUGAAUUCAUUAGGUAUCCCCGUCUUCCGUUGCGUUCAGAAUCCCGGGGAAUUCAUUCUCACCUUUCCAGGGACAUAUCAUUCGGGAUUUGAUUGCGGUUUUAACUGUUCCGAGACAGCAAAUUUCGCUCCAUUUGAUUGGUUGCCUCACGGGCAGAAUGCUGUAGAAAUUUAUCGUCAAGCGGGGAGGAAGACAUCUAUAUCCCACGAUAGGCUUUUGCUUCAAGCCGCUUUUGAAGCUGUGAAGGUGCAAUGGGAACAUUUCAAUAGGAAAAAAUCUUUGGACUGUCAACUUUGGAAAUCUGUCUGUGGAAAGGAAGGAGUUUUAACAAAAGCAACGAAGUCACGUGUCUUGGGCGAAGACAUUGGUAGAACAUUUCUCUGUAACUCUUCACAGAUCCGAACGAUGGACAAAACUUUCGAUGCUACCACCAAAAGGGAAUGUAAGAUUUGUUUAUAUGAUCUUCAUUUUUCAGCAGCAGGUUGUCCUUGUUCGGAAGACACAUAUUCAUGUCUAAAUCACGCAAAGCAGCUUUGUUCGUCGUGUUCUUGGACUGAAAAAUAUUUCCUCUUCCGUCAUGAUAUUAGUGAACUCAACCUUCUUGUUGAAGCUUUAGAAGGAAAAUUUAAAUCACAAUACAGUGUUGCUAAAGAUAUUCUCGGAUUGGGUCUAAACCAUCAAACGAGGGCACGAGCAUCGAAGCAAGGCGAAAGUGCAACAACAACCUCUGCUGAUAAACUGGAAAAUGGGGAAUCACCCGAUCGAACAAGCAGUAAAGUUUCUAACAUCAGGGCCGAAUUGAAAGAACGUCUAAAAUCAAAAGCCUCAACCGAAAUGGCUGCAGCAGUAAAUAAGGAUACCGAGUCUACUCCCAAUGCUGCAAAGGCCAGUGGCGGUGUUAGUGAGAAUGUUGUUAAGGCGAGCAGCGCCAAACCACCUAUUUCGAAAGAACCGAAAGGAAAGGCUAAAGAACAGAACACAAAAGUAAUGAAAGGAAAGACAAAAGAAUUAAAAGGGAUAGGAUAUAAUUGUUUUCUACAAAUGGUGGUGGCCUCGUCUGAGGAUCCAUAUGAAAAUUUAAGUGAUAUAAGUUCUGAUGAAUCUGAUGAUGACCCAGAUCUUUGCUUUUUAUUUUAGAUUAAAUAUCUUAAGCUUCCUAUAAUCAUUUUUUUGAAGAUAAACCAUUGGAAAAUAUAAUGAGAGAGCUUGUGUUUUCUAAUAUAAUGAUGUAGCAUAGCUGUGUAGCUUGUAAAAUCUUUUGGGGUAAAAAUUAAUAAAAACAUUACAUAAAAUUUCACUCAAA